AAUUUAAAAAACAUCAAAUGAUGAGUUUAUUUGGGCCAGUUGUAAGUACUGCUGUAGGUUUACGCUGUAUUCAGGGUUCUUCGGGCUGCUAGUUCCAGCCUGAUGGGGCUGGAGAGGAAGUGGAGUUUGGCUUACGUUAGAGCAAAGUGGGCAGAGCCGAUGAAGGAUAUGAGCUCAGGCAGAGGCAGAGAGAAGGACACAACCAGCAGAGGAGCCAGGCGUCCAGAGCGGAGAGGAGGGGAGAGUGCAACGAUGCUGCCGAAAGAGCCACUAAAACGACGAAAAUCACCCCAAAAUGUGACAGCGACCGGGGCAGAUGACGGGGGAUAGACACGGCCUGGGCAAUGGGUUCCAUCGAUGUUCCCGUAGAACUUCAAAGAAGAAAGGGGGUCAUCUGACCUAACACAAUGGGUUGACGUCUAGCUACAACCAUGAAGUCGUGACGCAGAAGAAUCAGGAUAUUUGCGCAACAACAAGGAAUGUAAGUAUCAUUUUACAGCUUGAUUUAAUGUCUACAGAAAAUGAUGUGCAUGUUAUCUGUACUUCGAACUCUCCAAUAUUGUCAAAACCCAUUAACUUUUUUUACUGAUUACACUAUCAACUGAAUGCACUCUGAACAUUGUUCAUUUUCCCUUUUAGUGCAUGUCAUAACAAAGAUAUACUUUAAAUCUUGAUUUAGUAUAGCUACUGUAAAUAAACUUAAUCAGUCGCCAACGAAAUCAAUGAUAGUCAUAACAGAAGGUCGGACAGUUGUGCCCCCUAGUGUAUGACAUGGCAACAACAUAGUACAUAUAAAAAGAAAAAGUACUUGGGAUCAAAUAUCCAGGGUUGUUUUUAGUUACUUUUCUGUUAUUGUGCAAAAAACAAAUUUGUCCCACUUAUUGGAUUAUAAUGUUUCAACUAUUCAGUUAUUCUGAUAUAACAGCAAAAGAGUUUCAAAGCUAAGCAAACUGCUAAAUUAAUACAAAAGCUAUGUCUUAAGUUCUCCUCAAUGAUGACGUAGCCUGUAUAGUUUUUCCGUCAUAGAAUUCAAAUUUUGAAAUGACUGACAGUUUGAGUUUAACAUUUUUAGCUUUUAAGACACAGUGCUCAAUAUAUUAGUAUUAUAAUUUUGGACCAGUGUCCAAUGUGCACCAUAUCUUGCACUUCUCGCAUUAACAACAGUCGUAUUUAAUACACCGGUAUUUCACAACACUUAACUGAGAUGUGCAAAAAAAAAAGUGGACGAGUUUCUAAAGAUUCAUCAUAUCUUAAAUUCUGUCAUGUGAAGACACUUGCUACAAAAACUUAUCAGAUUUCCGGCAAACAACAUUUCUUACAACCUUUAACUAUUAACUACUUCACCUCUAAACUAAACACUUGUGAUUAUGGGUGUAGCCCAUGGUUGUCAGUACACUGUCUUCCCAUAAAAACCUGUUGUCUUUGGCAACAUUAGUCAGCCAAAAUUAAGUACUGUGUUUGAUGCUCAGCAUCAACCACUUGCUUGUUUUGAAGCCCUACUAUCAUAAAUAGAUGACCACAGAUAGAAAGAGACUAGAAAAACACAGCUACUUAAGUAACACUGUAAAUUGCAGUUCCUCAUAUGCCCACUUGAGGCAAUAUUGAAAGAGUGAGUCAAUAACAACAGAACCCCAUGUAUUAAGGCCCGUCUGGAGAGAAGAAAAACGCAUUAAUACUGCCUGGUUCAAGAAAGUUUUUGGUCUGAACUUAUUUUCCCAUUCAUGAAAAACUGCAAGGCUUUACUUUUUGUAGAAAUAAAAAAUUUAAAACAACAAGGCUUUAGAUUUUGCAUGACUGACACUUGUCAUGCAAAGGUAUGUAAUGCUAACUGUCCGCUAUUUCAGUCACUGAGGGUGCCAUGAUGGUUUUUCUACUGUUUUGGCCUAAAAAACUCAAUAAGGGGCAGUAGUACUAUAAAUACCAACAUCGUAUUUACCUCAACAUGUGUUAGUAGUUUGAGAACCUGCUCAACGCUGAAAAGUUUGAAACAUUUUGCAUGCUAGCAAGCUGAUGGUAUUUGGCAAGGAUAAUUGUGAAACAGACUAAUGGCCAAUUUCGCAAGACAAUUGUUUUGAAUAAAUGUGAUUUAAAUGACUACUUGAGGAGUUAAUGAUAGUCAAACUAAUCUAUUCAAUAGCCUUACUUGAUGCAGGAAUUAACACGUGGUUGUUUUAUCUACUUUGAUCACAAUGUACUCAGACCACUGCUUUUGGUUUGUGACAAAAAAAUCCAAUAUGGAGUUCAUCAAACCUCAACAGUAAACAAUUCCUUGUCAGCAUAAAUGCAUCUAGCUCACGGGGAGACUAUUAAUCAUCACUAAACCUUUUACUGAAAUGGAGUCCAUGAGCUAUACCAACGAGAAAAUCUAUUUGCUAAAAAAAGACCAUUGGAUCUAUCAAUAAAAACAUUUUUAAAAGUCACCCUGAACACUGAUGAGGAGAUUAUUGACCAGCUCAAAAAAUGCCAGCUCAAAAGCCUUAUAAUUUUUUUUAGAUACAUCCCAUUUGAUUAGCUUCUGGCCAAAACCAUACAGUUAGCAGUAAGCAUUUUAAGUGUAUUACUUGUUAUACUAGAAAUUUGGUUAUUUGCUAAGAGCAUCUAAAAUACACCAUACAGUAGAAGAUCUCCCAAUAUACAUAGCGACAUACAUUUCGUUCGCAUACAUGUACAAGCCAGAAUAUUGAAUGCUCGAGUGAAGAUGCACCAAACACGCAAAAAUGGUGCUUAUUAAUUUGUUACGAACCCCACAAACGUGUGACUGCUAAAUUUAGAUUCAUUUCUAAAUAAGACUCCACCCAUAUAUAUAUACAUGUUGUAUUUUGGUAGCCAGACGUUACCAGCCCAAGAUCAUUUGUAACAUCAAGCGCUACAGUUGCUUUUUCCAUUACCUUUAUCCACCUUAAGGAAUUUUUUGUAUUGACCAUCAGUUAUUUAUCAAUAGUUAUUACUGAGUUGGCUGGAGAGAAUUCUGUAUCACCUCUGAAAUACUCAUUCCUCUGGUUCAAAAGAUUGUUGAUGAGGAAUUAUUUUUAAGCAGUUUGCAAUUUAAAAUUAAGGGAUGUGAACCUUUAAGCCUUCAGACUAUUUAGGGCCAAACACGAUGAGGUAAUAAUUACUAUUUCUGUGUUGAACUCAUGGUUAUUUAUAUGGCUAGCAUUCAUUAUUCUUUCUCUCUUCCACAGGGGAGACAUGGUCUGAUGGGCAGAUUAACAUGUUUUGAAGAAAAAGAAGACAGCACUACCCCAUUCAACUGGAUAAUGCUGAAGUGGAGACAGCGUUGUUUAACGUGAAGAUGACAAGUGAUUUGGCAGUUAGCCAAAUUUUGACAAGACGAAACAGUUGUCUGGUUGGACUUUGAUGAUUGGAUUUUUAUUUUUUACGACAACAUGGACUCUGGAGGACCGACGCUAGCUAACAUGGACUUUUUGCAAAUUAUAUUAUUUUUGGGAAAAAACAACUUCAGCCAUUGUACAUUUGAAAUUCCGAUGAUGUUUUUUUUAAAUAAAGUGUAUUUCCUUGUAAUUCUUCUUGGCUUUGUUUCAUUAAGUAACCAGAAAACCAGCAGAAGACAAUUAGCGUAUAUUGGAUGAUGCUGAAGUAACGUUAAUAACGUUGCAGUCCAGUUGUUGGUUUUCGAAUACUUCACUUAAUUCGUCACAUCUUUAAUUAUUUUCUCUGACUUUUGUGUUACUCAUCAAAAGUUGUCAAUUGUUUUAACGUGAGUUAGUUCUUCAGCUUUGCAAUGGGUCGAUGAAUGUCUUAAAAUAAACCUUUCUUUGAGUGAGGCUACAUAGGACAUUUUAAGUUGGUUAACGGAAACUAAUCGAUGAAAAUGCAUGUCUCUACUUCAAUUGGUGCCUCCGAUAAAUCUCAAAUUUAUCUUCAGAACAGUCAAAAGAAUGCAAUUCAAUUGCAAGUGGCACUAAAGUUUCAACCUUGACCAAAAAUGGUUUCCAAAGGCUCCCUAAAAUGGCUCCUUGCUGUCCUUCUUCCUGCCUGAGCAGGAAGUGAUGCAAAUGGUGCAAAGCAAAAUAAUUAUACACUUAAGAAGCCUCCAAAUACUCUUACCUUUUAUGAAGUGGGAAGAAAAGGUUUCAACCUCUACAUUGUGUCCUGAGGCUGAAAAUAUAUGUAAGUUUGUAUAAAAGCAACAUUUAAACACAAUAAAAGGGGUGGGACUUAAACAUCACCUGAGUGCUGGGUAAAUGGAAAUAACGUCAAUCAAAGGCAAAGCUUUCAGAGCUAGGAAGGAGCUCUAGAUGGCGGCUGAGCCUUGGGAAGGGUGCCAUGGGCUUGCGUUAGACCGUUUCUCUUGCUUGUUUUUCGACCGAAACCGCUCGAAUCUGACCUAAACUUUAAUCGUAAGGCAUUACGAUCGCUAUUUUAACGGAAAUUGUGGUGUUUUCUGUGGUUUUCGGGCUGUUUUUCGGAGCAGAAAGAGCCGUCUGUGCUGUGGGAGUGCUUGUCGUUGUUUUCCAUACAGGGCUCUGGCAGCCAUGGCGCGCCUCCAUUUUUAGUGUGCUGCUCGGCUCUGUAGCUCUGAGUCUGACAACUAGAUGAAGAUUGUAGAGGCCUACAAGCUUUUUGAAACAAGUUUCUUUUAUUAUAAUUUAUUUUUAAGCUGUUGCUUUUACAUUUUAUGAAUUUUAUUCGAGUCGGAUAAAACCUUAGGACAAAGCGAACGCGAAACAAAAAGUUCAUUUAUAGGUAACCACCUUUAUCAACAUUGAAUUGUUUUGUUUACAUCGUGUGGUGUAUAGUUUACUGAUUUUCUUAGUUUCAAAUCUUAUUUUUCUUAUCCUUCGUGUGAUGACGCAGUUCGAAUUAAUUGCAUGCGGCUCGAUCCGUGGACUAUAUUGAAAGACAUGCGUUCGAUGUUCAACUUAUUGUAGAAACACCUGUCGUUUGUCUACAGUUUUUAAAUCGAUUUAAACCAUGCACCUUAAAUAUUUCGAUUUAUCACCCUUUUCAUUACUCGUGUCGCAUCGCCUGGGCUUUUACUGCCACUUGAGCAAAGACAAUCUUGUGGGACUUGCAUGAUAGUUCAUGCCUCUAACUUUUUGACAGUAAAUACCAGGACAAAAGAUCAUCCAGAGAUUGUCAGGAUACUACAAUGAUGAAGAAUAAAAGUAAAAAACAAGAGGAUGAAGGAUCGACUCAAAGCAACGCAUCAAGCAACUCCGCAUCAGAAGAGUCCAACCGCUCCGCCUCGGAGUCGGGCAGUCAGUCAGAGAGCGAGCAUGACAGGAGGAGACCCCGACGCUCCGAGUCAAACAGCUCCUCAGAGUCAGAGAGUCACUCAGAGUCAGAUUGUGAGUCUGCAGGCUCCAAAUCUCAGCAAACUGCAGAAGAAGUCAAAGACAAGCCACCAGCCAAAAAGAAGGAGCGGCUGGCGGAUGUGAAGAAGAUGUGGGACGAACAUCCAGAUGUUUACGGAGUCAGACGGUCCAAUCGCAGCAGACAGGAGCCAGCUCGAUUAAACAUCGGAGCCGGGGGUAGCAGCGACUCUGAAAGUGAAAGUCCAAAGAGGAAACCAUCACGAGCCAAGAAAAAGGAAAAUAUCUGGAAAGAUGAUGACUCAAAUGAUGAAGAGGAGGAGGAGGAGGAUGAGGAGGAGGAGGAGCAGGAGGAGGCUUCCGACAGUACAGACAGUGAGCAGGAAGAGAAAAAAGUUAGAUCCAGACGACUUCCUGCUAGAAGACCGCAGACCAAAUCUGCAAGCAAAAAGCAGCUGUCUCAAAAAGGAAGGAAGACCAGAAAACAGGAUUCGUCAGGUGAAGAAGACGAUGACGACGACGAUGAUGAGGAUGAUGACGAUGAUGAGGGAGACACUCCAAAGAGACAAACAAGGGGGAGAAGGGGUGCAACUAAAGUCAAAAGCUACAAAGAGGACCAACAUGACUUUGAAACAGACUCUGAUGACUUGAUUGAAAUGACCGGGGAUGCUGGAGAGGAGCAGCAGGAUGAUGACAGUGAGACCAUUGAGCGAAUUAUGGACACUAGAACAAGCAAAAAAGGAGCCACUGGGGCCCCCACCACUAUGUAUUCCAUAGAGGAAAAUGGAGACCCAAGCGCAGGCUUUGACCCUGAGAACGACGAAGGGGAGACUCAUUAUCUUAUCAAGUGGAAGGGCUGGUCCUACAUCCACAACACAUGGGAGAGCAUAGACUCUCUGACACUGCAAAAGGUCAAGGGAAUCAAGAAACUGGACAACUACAAGAGGAAAUAUGAAGAGCUCAGCACAUGGUUGAGGAAGGCAUCCCCUGAGGAUGUAGAGUUUCAUAACUGCCAACAGGAGCUCACUUCUGACCUGAGCAAACAGUUUCAGUUUGUGGAGCGUGUGAUUGCAACAAAAACAGGAAAGACACCAGGAUCUUCAGACUUCCCCUCUCACAGCCACAAGACAUCCUCCUCCUCCAAUGAGCCAGAAUAUCUAUGCAAGUGGAUGGGCUUACCCUAUUCAGAGUGCAGUUGGGAAGAUGGAGCUCUGGUUGGGAAGAAGUUUGAGCCGUGCAUUACUGCCUUCAUGAACAGAAACUCUACUAAAACUGUCCCUUCCAAGGACUGCAAGGUGUUGAAGCAAAGGCCAAGGUUUGUUCCACUGAAGAAACAGCCAUCAUAUAUUGGAGAUGACAACCUUCAGCUCAGAGAUUAUCAGCUGGAUGGAUUGAAUUGGUUGGCACACUCCUGGUGCAGGUGCAACAGCGUCAUCCUGGCCGAUGAGAUGGGACUUGGAAAGACCAUCCAGACCAUCUCCUUCCUGUCUUACCUGUUUCACCACCAUCAGUUGUACGGGCCCUUCAUCGUGGUGGUGCCUCUGUCCACACUCACCUCCUGGCAGAGGGAGUUUGAAACCUGGGCCCCUCACAUGAACGUGGUGGUCUACCUCGGCGACGUCAUGAGCAGGAAAACAAUUCGUGACUAUGAGUGGGUGAACCAUCAAACGAAGAGAAUCCGUUUCAAUGCACUUUUAACCACUUAUGAAAUUCUUCUUAAAGACAAGGGGGUUCUUGGGAACAUAAAUUGGGCCUUCUUGGGUGUGGAUGAAGCUCACAGGCUGAAGAACGAUGACUCCCUGCUCUACAAAACAUUAAUGGAGUUCAGGUCCAACCACAGACUCCUCAUUACUGGCACGCCGCUGCAGAACUCCCUCAAAGAGCUCUGGUCACUAUUGCACUUCCUCAUGCCUGACAAGUUUGAUUCCUGGGAGGAUUUUGAGGAUGAACACGGGAAAGGAAGAGAUAACGGUUAUCAGAGUCUGCACAAGGUCCUUGAGCCGUUCCUUCUGCGCCGUGUCAAAAAAGAUGUGGAAAAAUCUCUCCCUGCCAAAGUGGAGCAGAUCCUUCGUGUCGACAUGACUGCACAACAGAAGCAAUUUUACAAGUGGAUUUUAACAAGGAAUUACAAAGCUCUUUCCAAAGGCACCCGAGGCAGCUCCUCCGGCUUCCUGAACAUUGUUAUGGAGCUGAAAAAAUGCUGUAACCACAGUUUCCUCAUCAAACAGCCUGAGGACGUGGAAACUGAAACACAACAGGAACACAUGCAGGGACUUGUGAGGGGCAGCGGGAAACUGGUACUGCUGCAUAAGCUGCUGACCCGACUCAGAGAGAGAGGAAAUCGAGUCCUGAUCUUCUCCCAGAUGGUCAGGAUGUUGGACAUUCUUGCUGAGUACCUUGCCAAGAAUCGAUACCCAUUCCAGCGGCUGGACGGUUCCAUAAAGGGAGAAAUCCGAAAGCAGGCACUUGAUCACUUCAACGCAGAAGGCUCCGAGGACUUCUGUUUCCUACUGUCCACCAGAGCUGGAGGUUUGGGGAUAAACUUGGCCUCAGCAGACACCGUAGUCAUCUUUGACUCAGACUGGAACCCUCAAAACGACCUACAGGCACAAGCCAGGGCUCACAGGAUUGGCCAGAAGAAACAGGUGAACAUUUAUCGAUUGGUCACGAAAGGAACUGUGGAGGAGGACAUCAUUGAGAGGGCAAAGAAGAAGAUGGUUUUGGACCAUCUCGUCAUUCAGAGAAUGGACACCACAGGUCGAACUGUACUGGACAGCAACUCAGGAACCACAAAUUCAAACCCGUUUAAUAAAGAAGAGCUGACUGCCAUCCUCAAGUUUGGUGCGGAGGAACUUUUUAAAGAAGCAGAAGGAGAGGAGUCUGAACCUCAGGAGAUGGACAUCGAUGAGAUCCUGAGGUUGGCUGAAACAAGAGAAAGUGAUCUGGGCUCAAGUGCAACUGAUGAACUUUUAUCUCAGUUCAAGGUGGCUAACUUCUCCAGCAUGGAGGAGACCGCUCCAGAGUUUGAGGAUAGGAACAUACGUGACUGGGAGGAAAUCAUCCCAGAAGAGCAGCGUCGCAAAAUAGAGGAGGAAGCGAAGCAGCGAGAGAUGGAGGACAUCUUCAUGCUGCCCCGAAGCAGGAGCUCAAACAAGAGGGCUCAGGCUAAUGACAGCGACAGUGACGCAGGCUCAAAGCUGAAAAAUCGUUCGUCAGGCUCUGAGAGUGAGACUGAUGAUAGUGAUGAUGACAAGAAGCCAAAGAAGAGAGGCCGACCCAGAGCUCGCAAAAACAACGUGGAGGGUUUCACUGAUGCAGAAAUUCGCAGGUUCAUCAAGGCAUACAAGAAGUUUGGAUCUCCUCUUGAAAGGUUGGAAGCCAUCGCCCGAGACUCUGAGCUGGUUGACAAAUCCAUAGCUGACCUGAAGAGACUUGGUGAAUUGAUUCAUACAAGUUGUGUGGCAGCAGUGCAGGAGCAUGAGGAACAACUUAAAGAGAACCCAGUUGAAGCCAAAGGUCCUGGGAAGCGGCGAGGAAUUAACAUCAAGAUCUCAGGGGUGCAAGUUAACGCCAAGUCCAUCAUCCAACACGAAGAGGAGUUUGAGCCUCUGCACAAAGUAGUGCCCGUCAAUCCUGAUGAGAGAAAUAAGUUCCAGCUGACAUGCAGGGUCAAGGUGGCUCAUUUUGAUGUGGACUGGGAACUGCAGGAUGACGUCCAGCUCCUGCUUGGUAUCUACGAGCACGGGUUUGGGAACUGGGAUCUAAUCAAGACAGACCCGGACUUGAAACUAGCUGAUAAGAUUCUCCCAGAUGAUCCAAGCAAGAAGCCCCAAAACAAGCAAUUACAGGCGAGAGCUGAGUAUCUCCUCAAGCUGCUCAAAAAGGAACAAGACAACACAGACCUCUCUAAAUCAGGGGAGGAGGUCAAAGUGAGGAAGAGGAAGCCUCGGGCCAAAAAGGAGAAGGUACUAAAGGAUGACCAAGGAAAUGACAUCUCCUCCCCUCGCCUGUCCGACAACCCAUCAGAGGAGGGCGAGGUCAAGGACGAUGGAACAGAGAAGUCCCCCGCCAAAAAGAGACAAAAGAAAAAGGAUAACAAAGAGAACAAAGAAAAACAGGGAACUCCUAAAAAAGAGAAGGACAAAGAAAAAAAGACUGCCAAGCCAAGAAAAGAAAAGGCUAAAGGAGCCAAAGGGAAGAAGACUCAAGGUCCAGUUCACAUCACGGCUGGGUCUGAUCCGGUUCCCAUAGAAGGAAAGGAGGACGAUGAACUCGACCAGGAGACUUUCAGUGUUUGUAAGGAGCGCAUGAGGCCGGUGAAGAAGGCCCUGAAGCAGCUGGAUAAACCAGAUGAAGGUUUAUCAGACCAGGAGCAGCUCCAGCACACACGCACAUGCCUACUGAAGAUUGGAGACCGAAUCACAGAGUGCCUUAAAGCCUACAGUGACCCCGAACAUGUGAAAAUAUGGCGAAGAAAUCUCUGGAUCUUUGUGUCCAAGUUUACAGAGUUUGGUGCAAGAAAGCUUCACAAGCUGUACAAAAUGGCACAGAAGAAACGUUCACAUGAGGAAGAGAAGGAGCAGAAGAAGAAGGAUGAUCCUGCAGGGAGGGGUAAAUCUUUCAGACCAGAGCCAUCUGGUUCCAGUAGAGACUCCACAGGUACUCAGCCAUCCUCUAAAGCUCCGUCUCACGGAACUCAGGCAGGCCCCCACGGACAUCACAGAGAGCCGUACAAUGCAGCUAAUAAACGGCACUUCAAUAAUGAUGACAGGGGAGACUGGCAGAGGGAUCGCAAAUACAGUUACCCAGGCAACAGCAACCAGUCAUGGCAGGGAGACCGACAUCAUCCCUACGACCAACACCGCUACAAGGAUCACUAUGGUGAUCGGCGUCCCCACGGAGACUCCUACCGCAGCUCAGGCAAUUACCGCAACAACAGCUCCCCUCGAAAAAGGCCAUAUGACCAGUACGGCAACGACAGGGACGACAGGGACCACAGGGGGCACAGACCCUAUUACGACAGGCAUUCAGACCCGAAAAGAAGACGCCCUGAUGAGUUCCGUCCUAACUACCACCAAGGCAGGGAUGGCCCUCUGCAGGACUUCAGGAGGAUGCCAGAACACAGGCCAGCAGGUCCACCUGGUCCAGAGCACUACUCCAGACCCUUCCACCCUGACAAACCUCCUCCUCCUCCUCUGCUGGACCCUCGCUCCCCUCAGGCUCAGAAGUCUCCCCCAGACUCCCGCUCCCCAUCUGAGCGGCCUGCAGAGCCAAACGCUGCUGCAGAUCCUAACUGGAACAACAGGAAAACAUAGAAGUAGGCCAGUGCUGGCCUAAAAUCCAAUCUAGGUAUUUUUGUCCAGCGACGGUUCCAGAUGCUGCUGAUGGACGAGUCUGGACUUGCCAAUCAUAAGCUCGCAGGUGGAAAGGGAAUCAACUUUGAACCCUCUUAACCAGCAAAACUAGUUUGCUCUCUUCUCCCAGCAGACUGUGGCUGUGAAUGAUUUGUGCCCUGAAGGAGGACGUGUGUUUCCUCCUGUCAUCUUCAUGAUGUAAAACUAAAACAGGCAUCUUUAUUUAAAUAUAUUAACUCUAUCUGACUGAGUGGAACACUGAUCGAAGCUUAGUCCCAUGGACUAAUAUCUCAAGAGGGUUUAGGAUACAUGAACUAAUGACUGAUCUCAAUCCUAAAAGUGCCUGAAGGUUUUGGCAUUUUUGAAUGGUUAAUGUAUGGGAUUAUUCCCAAAUGAAGCACGACAUGGACAUUCAUUCUUUUGUGUUUAGCUUUAAAUCUUUCAAAUGAUGUCAUUACUAAAGAAUGUGUAUUAUGUUUUCAUCUGCACCUUUAAAAUGUUCAUCUUGAACAUGUAGCUGAACUGAAUCAUGGAGUUUUACCAUGUGGGGUUUAUAUGGUGCCAGGAUGGGACAGCCCAACUCUUUUUUGACAUUUGAAUGAUCAAUCAUGCCAGUAUGUUUCCUCCUGACACUCAUCAUGAAGUUUGUGGAGGUUUUAGCAAAUUUCACGGUUCUUGUGUGUACAAACAAGUUUGUUCUGUAAUUGUGUAGUGAUAAAAAAAUCAUUGCAAUCUUCCCGCUCUAUUCACUUAAACCACUUUCCUUUUAGUAGGCCCGAUGAAAUGAAGCUCUGUAAGCAGUAUUUAUUAAAACAAACUUGUGCAAAGGCUCAUAACACUAUGACUUAAAACAAUCCUUUAUACUUGCCUCUCAGUAUUACAAUGGUUAAUAAAGGUACUUCAGUGUAGACUAUAAUUCACCCAUCUGUCCACCUAUUGUAAAUGAGUACUUUACUAUGUAUAAAAGUACGCUGUGAUGAAACCCUUUCUUUUUACUUUAUGGUUGUAGUUUGAUUCACAGACUGCUGCUGGUAGGUUGUUGAAGCGCUAUCAGGAAGCUGCUGAUGACAUUUCAUUAUGUUUAUUACCUUUGGUUACUCUUUUCCUGUGCCAAAUCCCGUCCUGCUCGGGCCCUUGGUUAUUUUCUAUUAUUUUUUUAAUGCUUCUCCAUUUGUGCCUUAUUUUUGUGUGCAUCAUCAUACAGUGUUGGUUCAUAGAAAAUACUGGGGUCAAAUGCAGGCAUGUUGUGUAGUAUUACAGACAGAUUUAUUGUCACUGAAUGACUUGAUUGGUGAAGGGACCAUGUAUUCUGGUGAUGAUCAUGUGACUUCCAAAAGGGUUUGACGAUACGAGGGGAAACUACUGACAUUAACAUACAGAAAUCAUGUGUGAGUGUUUUAUCAGGGGGAGCACUUAACCGACCUGUUACAGUGAACAGCCAGCACAUCUUUUCUUCCACCAUAAGCAGACUACAGUUCCUGUAUCAUAUGUUCUUUAAGAAAGUUUAAAUAAUUUAUAUUUGUGACAGAACCACUCUUCAUGAGAAAUGUGCUGUACAUAUGUUUGAACAUAUGUAAUAAACUUUGUUACACAACA